AUGCCUGCCCUGGAUGAUGCGCUUCCCUACCCAAGCAUGACACAGUUACUGGGCUGCGGAGCCGAGCCACGGGACGAGCCACGGGACAGAGACACGGCGAGCAAGCCGCGAGGACAGAUUACAUAUAUAGCAGCACUGUGUGGUAGAGACCAGUUGAAGUUGGCUUCCUGCCUGUUGAGAUGUGCCAAUAGGAAACACUGUGAACAGGGGUUCAUGCUGAUGAAAUUGAUCUGCUCAGUGAGCUCCAACCAGAGCCAUGGGGAGUACCCAGACUGCCGGAGUGAGAGGGAGUCGGGAGGGGAGGCGUCUCUCCUGGUGUCUCCGCUGGUGGUGGCGGGGAUCGUUAUAGGUCUGGUCCUCUUCCUCUCCUGCAUCACCAUCAUCGUCGGCAGCCUGCGCAAAGACAGUCGGCUCCGAAACCCACACCUCCGCGCGAGCUACGGUCUGGAUGGUUUUUCCUAUGGAGGUUCAGUUGGAGAGCUGAGAUCUACCUGCUUAGAAGACUUUCCUCCUGGUUUAGACUUUGAUUCAUACAGAGAGACUCUGUCACAGGUUAACAACCUGUACCCUGACUCACCGCCACGUUACGAUGAGUGUGUUGGCCCAGGUUCGACUCAGAUCUACAUACCUACAGAUGACCCGCCUCCUUACUCCCUGCUGGACCCCUGUCAGAGAGGGGCAGAGCAGGAGGAGCAGCCUAACUACACCAGUCUGGAUCCUUCUCCAUACUGUGGAGAGACCUCAGCCAGCGCUGCCUGGUUCUCCCCCUCCCACUGCCCACUGGGACUACAGGAGCAGGAGCAUCAACACAUCGCUUCCAUCUCCUUCCCGCUGGAAGCGGCACCGCCUUAUGAGUCAGUGCUGGCCGAGCAGGGGCAGCCCCUCCCUCUCAUGCCAUGUGACCUUUAUAAACACCAAUCUGAGAGGGGGGAUGAUGGCAACUCCCGGCAACCAGGGGCAAACCAGAUCUUGUAG